AUCCCUGUUUCCCGGAUUGUUUAUUUCACGUGCUUCGAAAGAACGUAGGGAGAUUUUUCAAAACAAGAUAGACAUUAUUUCGUAAUCCGGAUAUUUUGUAAGGAUCGUACUACAAAAUGGCAAAGAGUCGCUUAGAAAAAAUAGGCACAAUCGUCACAAGAACGCAAGGAUUGCUCCGUACCGGUGCAAUGAAAUGGGACGAUAGACCUUUAUGGUACGAUAUUGUGAAUGCGUUUCCACCGAAAAAAGAACCCUGCUAUGACCGUCCUGCGCCGAAUGUUACAUUGCGCCCAAUAUUCUACACAGAGGAUCAGAUCAGAGCGAAAUUUCAUAAAAAGAUUCACAGCAACUAUACAGUGAACUUAGCUGAUACGCAAAAUAAAACUCCUACUCAGCGGUUUAUUGAAAUCUACUGUAAUCUCGAAACACAAGGAGCCUUGGACGAUGAACGAGUAUUCGAAGCAGCUCAAGAGAUGUUACAAGAACAAUUAAAAGAGGUAAAACGUGAUCGCGGGCCCCCUUCUGUUCCUAAUGAUGAAGUACAAGAUUCGACACUUGUACCCAAAGGUAAAACAGUUAAGUUACAGGACAUUUUCAAAGAAUAGACUGUUAGUAAUGUUUACAACUGAAAUAGUAAAGUU